AAGAGAAAAGAGGACGUGGCCGCAAUGAAGACACAAGAAAGGCUCUCAACAUUCAGCUGCGCAAUACAGAGUCACAACCAUGCCGCGGUCGUUCCUCGUCAGGAGUAAAAGGACUCACCUGCUCGGCCCAUCUAAGGACUCUUACAGACAACACUCCCAGCCCCAAACAGACACCGACCAGCCUGUACAGCGUGCGACGGGACAGGGCAGGAGGAGGUUUCCCGAGGAUGCUGUGAGGCCUUUGUCCCCCAUGUUAGGGGUCAAAGACUUGCUGGCUUGCUCACCAUGGGAGGGGAUGGCAGUCUGUUCUCACAGGAACCCCACAGAUGAACCUUGGCAUUCAGCCCCCGUGGAGAACCGAGACGUCCCUCUGCUUUGGACGGCGGACGGACACCAGGCGUCUGAACGAGAGAGACAACUGGAGGGACUGGUCUACUUGUUGCUCAACCACACGUCACACACCGACCUCAAAUCUCCCGUCAGCGAGUGUCCGCUCUGUGAAAAGUCUCUUUCAGAAGUAUUGAUAUCAGGAGGCGGCCUGCAGGCUCAUCUCCACAACGCCCUCUCCGUCCCACUGACAAGAUCACCCACCGCCACCAACAUGCCCCUCAUGCCCUUUGACUUCAGAGCAAUAGGCAGCUACGCUAGAGCUAAGGAGCGCAGCUUCGACUGCAAGGUGUGCGGGAAGGCAUUCAAGCGCUCGUCAACCCUGUCCACCCACCUCCUCAUCCACUCGGACACGCGGCCCUACCCCUGCCAGUACUGCGGCAAAAGGUUUCACCAGAAGUCGGACAUGAAGAAGCACACCUUCAUACACACGGGUGAGAAACCACACGUGUGUAAAGUGUGCGGUAAAGGAUUCAGCCAGAGCUCCAACCUCAUCACCCACAGCCGAAAGCACAGCAGCUACAGGCCCUUCAGCUGCCCCAGCUGUCAGCACAGCUUCCAGCGCAGGGUGGACCUACAGCGCCACCGAGAGACGCACUGUGGCUAUGGAGACAUGUUCACACAAAACUGAGACUAUGAGGCAAUGGAGUGAGAGGGAAAUGACUUUUGUAAAUAAUUUUCAAUCCCUCAUAAUUGUAAAAGUCAGAAUUGUGACGCCUUGGAUAAUAAAACCAGAUUGAUUGUGUAA